AACAUGUUCAGUUACAGCCGUCGUCUUCUGGGCUCGGGUCAACUGAGUGCGAUUGAGAACGGAAUAAAAUGACACUGGACCAUUGCAAAAACUGGUUUAUGAGGUUUGUAGCGAGAGCACGUUUCUAGGAGUUGUGUUUGAAACAGUGACGUAUUUUUUUAAUUUUACCAUCUGGUGUGGAUGUUCAACGAUUGUGUAACGUAGUUAUUGUUUAUGUAAUGAUUGUAUUGUGCAAUGAUUGUGUUAUGUAAUGAUUGUGCUGUGCAAUGAGUGUGUUAUCUAGCGGUGAUACAUGUCGUGUUUCGAUGAGGACAUGUAUUAUUCCAAGUAUUAUAAUGGCUUCCUCCGAUACCAAAUAAAGAAACUGUAUAAUGGCUUCCUCCGAUACCAAAUAACGAAACUAUAUAAUGGCUUCCUUCGACACCAAAUAAAGAAACUAUAUAAUGGCUUCCUCCGACACCAAAUAAAGAAACUAUAUAAUGGCUUCCUCCAACACCAUAAAAAUAAACUAGUCGCUUCAACCACGACUAGCAAAGUCAUUUCACGUAGGACUAGCACAUUCACUUCACACAUGACUAGCACAGUCACUUGACACAGGAUUAGCACAGUCAUUUCAUCCGGGACUAGCACAGUCACUUCAUACAGGACUAACACAGUCACUUCACACAGGACUAGCACAGUCACUUCACACUGGACUAGCACAGAGCCAUUGUUUUAGUUGUUCAAAUUUUAAAUUGUGUGUUUAGUCCCGACCCCGACACUCAUAUAUUUUGUUUAUUACAUUCUCUUUCACUUGGUCUGUUAAGCUCUUUUAUCACGCUGUUAAACUUUGUUAAAAAAUUAGGGACAUUAGUAUGUAAAGUUUGAAUGAAAAGGAAACUGAUACUAUAUAUAUAAAACACACCUUGAACUAGUAUCUAAUCUAUUUGACGGCGACACAUCAACGAAGGGGCUCUAUAGGUAUGGAGGUUCUUAUGUGGGAUAAAGUGGGUCACAUCGGUGGGUGCUGCGGGUCGCCAGGUGAACGUAGUCAACAUAUAAGUCGUAUUGUGUCAUGUUUGAAAUGUCCCGUAGCCAGGGCAGUCGCAAGGAAAAGUUGUGCCCGGGGCAGAGUCUGAAGCUAGGCCCCCCCCCCCUCUCCCCAAAAGAUAUAUUAAGACAUAUUUUGGCAACCUCUGAAGAUGGCACCCGGGGUGGGUGCCCCCUUCGCCAGGCAAUGCAUGUAACUUUUUCAACAGAGUUGCACACCAAACUGCGUACAAUUUUACUCAGUUCCCUUGCUUUGUAAUUGUAGGUUAAACUCUUAAACAUCAACAUAUAAGUCGUAUUGUGUCAUGUUUGAAAUGUCCCGUAGCCAGGGCAGUCGCAAGGAAAAGUUGUGCCCGGGGCAGAGUCUGAAGCUAGGCCCCCCCCCCUCUCCCCAAAAGAUAUAUUAAGACAUAUUUUGGCAACCUCUGAAGAUGGCACCCGGGGUGGGUGCCCCCUUCGCAAGGCAAUGCAUGUAACUUUUUCAACAGAGUUGCACACCAAACUGCGUACAAUUUUACUCAGUUCCCAUGCUUUGUAAUUGUAUGUUAAACUAUUAAACAUUGACUCGCUACUUUUAGAUUUAGUGAGACUGCGGGUUCAAUUCAGUUUUUUUUUUUAAAUAUUGAAAAGCAGGUGCAUUUAAAUUAUUUAUCGUUAAUUGUCUUUUUCUUCUUUCUUUUGCUGAAACAACACGUUUUCAAAUUAAUCAUUAAAAAUAAAAAAAAUAAAAAAUAAUUUGAUAAUUUGAUCUCUCCCCCCCCCCCCCCCCUUUUUUUUCUUUUUCAUUUUUUUCUUUCAAAAUAUUUUUACAAAAAAUAGUUUAUUGGAAGUAUUGCAUUUAUUUAUAAAUACAAAAAGAAUUCGUUUGUUUUAUUUGGAAACAAAUAUUUGAAUCGCAAGAUUUCUCUAUUUUUAGUAUUGCUACGUGACCUCGCCUUCUAACGUUAAAACAGUAGAAAUAUCAAAUUGAACAUGAACAUAAUGUCAUUUAUCAAAGUUUGUGUUUAUAAAAAUGAAAGGUUAAGUUACAUCUCAAGUUACAGGUUCUUACAGCCAUUUUUCUUAUUGCGCCUGCAGUUACUGCGCUACUGUUACAUUUAUAUUUAAACUAAAUAUUACAUGUCUGUAACGCGAGGCAGUAUCAGAUCAUUUGACAGUAUAGGAUCACUUGACAGUAUCAGAUCAUUUGACAGUAUCAGAUCACUUGACAGUAUAAGAUCACUUGACAGUAUCAUAUCAUUUGACAGUAUCAGAUCACUUGACAGUAUCAGAUCACUUGGCAGUAUCAGAUCAAUUGACAGUAUCAGAUCAUUUGACAGUACAAGAUCAUUUGACAGUACAAGAUCAUUUGACAGUACAAGAUCAUUUGACAGUAUCAGAUCAUUAGACAGUAUCAGAUCAUUAGACAGUACCAGAUCAUUAAACAGUAUCAGAUCAUUUGACAGUACCAGAUCAUUUGACAGUACAAGAUCAUUUUGAUGUUGACAAACUUUGCGUGAUACAAGUUUUUGAAAUGUCAUUAAUGUUGUAUCUUCCUAUGUCCAGUUCCCGGUGAGACCAACGGACUGCCUUGAAUGUUGAUUCGUAUUAGAGGCUGCUGGCUGAUUGAAUCAACGGCUCGUGCGAAAUCUGGAAUGUCUGCACAAUAUAUGACGUCCAACGACAAUCACCACACAGACUAUGAAAAAGUUUUAUAGGCCUACUGCACACUUCGUUUCAUAUUUAUAAUUAUGAAGAUUUAAAAAAAAAAACAAAUGUAAUCUACACUGUAAUCAUUUUUCAACGUUAAAAAUUAUCACUGUUUUUUUUUUUUUUAAAUAAAAAAGUUUUGCAUAUCUNUCUUCCUAUGUCCAGUUCCCGGUGAGACCAACGGACUGCCUUGAAUGUUGAUUCGUAUUAGAGGCUGCUGGCUGAUUGAAUCAACGGCUCGUGCGAAAUCUGGAAUGUCUGCACAAUAUAUGACGUCCAACGAAAAUCACCACACAGACUAUGAAAAAGUUUUAUAGGCCUACUGCACACUUCGUUUAAUAUUUAUAAUUAUGAAGAUUUAAAAAAAAAAACAAAUGUAAUCUACACUGUAAUCAUUUUUCAACGUUAAAAAUUAUCACUGUUUUUUUUUUUUUUAAAUAAAAAAGUUUUGCAUAUCUGAGCACGGAAAUGCUCGACCGAAUAAAUUAUAUUCUUUUUAAAAGCUAAAUUCAACUUGUGAACUGUUUGUGCGAUUAAAUUCCUGAUAUCCGGCAUAAGAACAUCGAUCUAACAACCUUCAAAGCUAAUUCUAUGUUCCAAAACCAAGUCUUACAUUUGACUCAUUCAAUUCCCAGAAAGAUGGCGAUGAAUAUCAUAGGGGUCAAAGUGUUUUCCGGUUGCCUCUUCUUUUUCCUGGCCAUCUUCUUUGGCUGGACGCCUUUCUGGUGUCUCAAGAGAUGCGUCAGCGACGCUCGUGGCAAGCGUCACAGAAUCCCCUUGGUGGAGUACCUCCAUUCCAUGGCGUCUGGGGUCCUUGUGGCCACGUGUUUGCUGAGUCUCCUCCCUGAGAGCUUAGAGACGGUGCGGGAAGUAUUGGCGUCCAGACUGAACAAACUGAACAAUCACCAACAUACCAACAACAACAAUCAGACGGGAACCAGUUCAGACAACGGCAUUGCCGACCAAGGUGUUUAUCCCUUAGCCGAACUUCUUUUGGCUUUCGGAUUUUUAUUUAUUUACAUGACCGAUACCGUGAUAAAAGCGUGGCAGACUUCCUCCAAGAGAAAAAUUCUCCAUUCGCCGGAUGAGACUGUGCUUUAUCAAAGAUCGGAUAGAGGCAAAAAUAAACAAGGGGAUAACUCAAGGGCGCACCGAUGGAUGAAGCCCAGGUUUUCUGUAGAUGAGAGCGAGUCUCCCGGUGCACAAGACGGAAGGGGCGAGUUCUUGCAGCUCAGCACUUCUUUGGAAGAAGACAGGUCGUCCGAGCAUUUUGAGACAGACCUCGGAGAUACGGACGUAAUGUUCUCGGAAGAAGACCACCCUUUAGCCCAGAAGGACAAAAUUGUGAUAAUCGGUGGCUCUGAUCAGCUGCGAUCAAUGGCGCUUGUUGCUGCCCUGUGCAUACACGGUUUUUUUGACGGUGUCAUGCUGGGACUCCAGACUUCAGAGUCUGUGAUACUUUCAUUGCUCUUCGCACUGUCUCUUCACAAAAGCUUCGUGGCUAUAGGCCUUUCGCUAACGUUAUUGAACAACUACAACGAAAACACCAAGUCCACGCGUAUUUUGCUCUACGUUUUUCUAUUCGCCGUCGUGGCGCCCGCUGGACUUGCCAUGAGCGCUGCCUUCGUUCACACGGCGUUCGACUCGGCGGAUAAAUCCGGAGAAGCCAGCAUCAUCCCGGGAUGCCUUCAAGCCUUCGCCGUGGGAACCUUCAUGUACGUCACCUUCACCGAGACGACGAGGCGUCACGGCAAGAGAUCCGUGCAGUCGGAGGUCAUGGGUCACGUGGCACUUCUGCUCGGUUUCGCUUUCAUGGCCGGGUUAAGAGGUGCUGUCGGGGGAGAGUGAUGUUACGUCGGAGGAGACGGUCGGUGCCUUAGAGGUUUUUGGUGUUGCCAUGGGUCAAUGGUCUGGUUGUUUUCUGGACGAUCGAGGUCAUGGGGGAGUUUGGGGUGACCUUGUGGGGCAAGAAGUUUUUCUUUUGGAUGUAAGGCCCACCCCGCUAGACGUGAAGAUCUGACCAACAAUUCAUUUUCCCCCUCCGGCUGAUGAUUAACAUUGCAUGAGCGAGAACACGUUUUGUAAACACAUAUUUGAUCCAUGGAACUCUUCUGGAUCCAGUGGCGUAGCGAGGGUGUUUGGCGCCCGGGGACAAGAUUCGCGCCCGGGGACAAGAUCCAUUUUUAGCGCCCCUUUUUCUUUUUUUUUCAACUCUCAAACCCAUUAUUUUCAUCAAUAAAAUAAUAUCAAAGCACAUUUUGGCGCCCCUAACUAGCUGGCGCCCGGGGACAUCUGUCCCCCCCCCUGCCCCCACCACGCUACGCCUCU